AUAUAUAUAUAUAUAUAUCUCCCCGUUCAUCUCUCCUUUCUACAAUCUAAAAUUUAUCCUGCGCUUUCUGUUCUCCUUCGAUUUCUGGAUCUGUAAAUCAAUUACCGUUCUUCCGUUGAAAUCUCAUUCUACUCCCGUAAAGAGACAGUAUGAAUAUUGACGCUGCCACAGAGUCAUUCAGGUAUUUGAUUAAAUUCCCACCGAUUAGUAGGGAUUCUCUCCACGAAUCGCUCCUACGUGCAAUUGAGGAGCUACAAAUUGAUGAAAAGAUCAAAACCAGGGAUGCUAUUCAGUUACAAAUCGAAGAGAAAUUAGCGGACAAUGAAAUUCUUCGUGUUUAUUAUAAUUUUCUCAACAUCAAGGACAUAAAUGCAAGUGGUUUGUUGAAGGCAAAGCUUAAUGAAAUAGAUCAUCUGCAAUCUAUUGUUACCAAACUGGGAAAUGCAUUAUCUAUUGUGCAUAUCAAUAAUCAGAUAUGUGACCUAGAAAAUAAGAUAAAACAUGAUGUUAUUGCAUUGGAGAGCCAACGUCGGUAUCGUGAAGUGAGAGAGGAGGCCGAAGAGUUUUUAAAGGUUGUUUUACGGAAGGAGCUUGCUAUAUUGACCGAUAGUUCCAUAAAAGCUAAAGCAGCUGUUAGGGAAUUCAAGAAAAAAAUUGAUGAUGCCGCAGAACAAGUGGAAAAACUCCAAGCCAAUUACAGAGCUGCCUCUCAUGUUUGCAUAGAAGCAAUUGCUAUCAAGGAUAAUAUGAAAAAAAAAUAUUGUGAAAAGAUUGCAAUGUUUGCGGAAUGCUUGUCGGAUACUGAUUUUGCCCCUAUUACAAAUGAAAUCCCUAGUGAUCCAAUGCAGCUUUCCUGCUACUGCAAGCACAAUGUGGAAAAUUUUAUGCAAAGGUGGAACAAAUGGUAUCGACUUCGCGUAGAGUAUGCCAAAUACAACGAAAGCAGUACAAUGAAUCGAUUUGGGAGUUUAGACGGUUGUUCACUUCACCCUGAUUAUGAAACCCCCUUUGUACCCACUACUAGUCAAGAAAAAGAAUAAAAUGAUGCUGCUUGAAAAGCAAACAAGAAGCAAAAUUCAUCAUGGAUAUGUUUCCUAUUGAUUAUAUGCGUAAGUAAAUGUUAUUUUUAUAUGGUUAGAAUAUGAAUGAAAAACAUUUGUGACAUUCCUUCACAUUAUUGUCUCUUGUUUUUUGUGACA